CCUCAUCAGACCGCCCUCUGGGAGGCCAGGGGAUGCAGUAUAUAAGGAUGGCUGGAGAGUGACCCUGAAGAUCCACUUUCCUCCUCAGCUUUCUCCUGCUUUCGCUGCUCAACGCGAACCUGACAGCUAUGGAGUCCACGCUGAAUGACGCUCUUUGUAGCAUCAUCCUCAUCUUCCACAAAUAUUCAAGCAGGGAGGGCGACAAGAACACCCUAAACAAGCAGGAGCUGAAGGAGCUGAUUGAGAAUGAACUGGGCCUUGGUGAUAAAAUUGAAGAUUCAGAAAUUGUGGAAUUGAUGAACAGUCUGGACCAGAACAAGCAUGAGGAAGUGAACUUCCAGGAAUUUAUCUCUUUCCUUGGGACUGUGGCCUUGAUCUGCAAUGAACUUCUGAAGGGGGAGUAAAUAAUUUGCAGAAAGGAAUAUGGGAGUGGGGGUGCUCUCCCUGGGCCCCUAACUGACCUGCCACAGCAAUGGAUGUGUAGUGUAGAGUUUGUAUAUUAAAUAAAGUUUGAAUCUGU